GUUUGAUCUGAGUCUCCAUUGACCUUCGAGGACUUACCUUGAACUCCUCGUCUAUGUUUUCCUAACUUAUCUACUAAGUCAUCCCUCUAAUCGACCCAUACCGCAUCCUGGAACUAUGACCGUGUCUCCGCCGACAUUCCUCCUUGUAGACUGCUAUGAUUCCUUCACUUACAAUCUCGCAUCCCUCUUCUCAAGAGCCAUACCUGACUGCACGAUCCACAUCGUCAAGAACGACCAACUAUCCUUCGCCGAACUACGUCCUUACCUUCACGAACUAUCGGCGAUCAUAGUUGGUCCUGGCCCCGGCUCCCCAGAUAAUGACUCAGACAUCGGCAUCGUCAAGCAUCUCUGGGCAGUCGACAACGCGGACGUCGUACCCAUCUUCGGCGUCUGUCUCGGCCUGCAGAGCCUCUGCAUCGAGCACGGAGCAACGCUCCAGCGCCUUCACACCGUAAAGCAUGGCCAGUUAUCCCAUAUCGAUCACUCGGGAACCGACAUUUUUGAGGGCGUCAGCACCGUCAAUGCCGUCCGCUACCACUCCCUGCACGUCGAGCUCCGCAAAGGAGGUUCAAUAGAGCCUCUCGGCUGGGCGCACGACGCAGAGAACGGACAAGUCCUUAUGGCGGCCAAGCACUCAAGAAGACCGUACUGGGCAGUGCAAUAUCACCCCGAGUCCAGUCAGAGCAGCGGAGGCCAGGAGAUCGUUAGGAACUUCUGGAGGCUGGCGCAGAGAUGGAAUGAUCGUAGCGGACGUAAGCCGACCUCGCUCUCCCUCAACGGACGCGUCCUCCUCGGGGACCCUUGGCCUUGCUUGCGCUCCCCAACACGUCCUCCGACUGCCGAUGCAGAGCGGGAAGUGGUCACGGAGGCCAUCCACGUCCCCGGCCUGUCGAUCACUCGUCUUUGCGAAUCCCUCGGCGUUCACGACGAGACAAAGCCAUUCGUGAUGCUCGACUCCGCCGCCCGCCCCGGGAGGUGGUCAAUACUUGGUUCGCUCUUGCCGUCGUCCCCUCUCAUCCAGUACUAUGCUGGACAACCCUCCGUCCGCAUAACGCGCGACGGAAAAACCGACGAAGAAAGCCUGCGAGAUCGACCAAUCUGGGAUUGGCUUACCAACUACAUGUGCAAGCGUCGCGCUAUUCGCGGACGCCCCGAAGUCCCCUUCUGGGGUGGCCUAGUCGGCUGCCUUAGCUACGAGGUCGGCCUCCAGGACUUGGGCGUUCCUUUACCCAAGGGCAAGACCACGACUGGACAUCCAGAUGUCAACCUCUUAUUCCUCGAGCGCAGUCUCGUCUUCGAUACCCUCACGGAAACACUAUACAUCCAGACCAUCCGACCUGGCGAUCAUCAAUGGGUCAAAGAUACCUUACUUCAUCUUCAGCAUCAUAGAACUCAACUCCUAGACCUGUAUCAUAGCACCAACGGGAAGACCUCAACGUCUUCUACUGCAUCACCAAAACCCCAACUCAGCUUGCCCAGCAAGAAAGACUACAUCUCCCGGAUCGACCGUGCGAAGGAAUACCUCUACUCCGGCGACUCUUACGAGCUCUGCCUCACCGCGCGCACCAGCAUUCGCGUCCCGCAUCUUCCCCAACCGUGCUCCUCGUGGCAGCGCUACAAGAAGCUCCGGCAGCUCAACCCCGCGCCGCACGCCGCGUACAUCCGCCUGAGCCCCACCACCUUCAUCUCGUCCUCCCCCGAGCGCUUCCUCUCCUGCUCGCGCGGCGCCGACCCUGUUUGCCAGCUCCGGCCCAUCAAGGGCACCCUGCGCAAGGGGCCGGGCAUCACGCGCGCGGUGGCGAAGCAGGAGCUGGCGGGCAGCGUGAAGGAGGUGGCGGAGAACCUGAUGAUCGUCGACUUGAUUACGCACGAUCUGCACCAUGUUGUUGGGGAGGAUGUGCGGGUGGCGAAGUUCUGCUCGGUGGAGGAGUAUGAAACGGUGUGGCAGUUGACGAGCGUGAUUGAGGGACGACUGGCUCCUGGCGCGCCGUUGACAUCGACGUGGGAUCUCGGCACACGGGUGUUGAGGCAUAGCCUACCACCUGGCAGCAUGACUGGCGCGCCCAAGAAGCGGAGCGUUGAGAUUCUGCAAACGCUCGAAGACGACCCUCGCGGCAUUUACUCUGGUGUCUUCGGCUACUGGUGCGUCAGCGGCGCGAGCGACUGGGCCGUCACCAUCCGGAGCUGCUACAAGCACGACUCCACCACCACUGACAACGGCCUUGAAGAAUGGACCGUGGGCGCCGGAGGUGCGAUAACCGCCCUCUCUGACUCCGAGGCAGAAUGGGACGAGAUGCUGCUUAAACUACGCGGGGUGCUCCGCGCUUUCGACGUGCAUUUGCUAGAUGAACAUCUUGUAGACUAAUUGGUUACUGGGCGUGUACUAAUACGGGACUUCAACUCCUGUUGUAUCCUUACUGUACUUGUAAUCUUCAACGAUGCUCUCGCUAUCUCCUCGAC